CACCACCAGCUCUAGCAUUCCGCACCAACACCGGAAAGCCGGCGGCAAGACGCGGCGGCGGCGAAGGCGGAGGGGAGCGGAGGCAAGCAAAUGGCGUCGUCGUCAUCGUUUUCGUCCACCCCGGCGGCCGUCCGCGAGAUGCAGCGCGACCUCGAGUCCCAGGCCAACGCCCUCAGCAAGAUCCAGAAAGAUAUCGCCAAGAACCACCAGGUCCGCAAGCAGUACACCAUCCAGGUCGGCGAGAACGAGCUCGUCCUCAAGGAGCUGGAGCUGGUGGAUGACGAGGUGAACGUGUACAAGCAAAUCGGGCCGGUGCUGGUCAAGCAGGAUCUCGCGGAGGCGAAGGCCAACGUCAAGAAGCGCAUCGAGUACAUCUCCGCUGAGCUGAAGCGGAUGGAUCGAGCGCUGAAGGACUUGGAGGAAAAGCAGAUUAGCAAGAAGGAAUCGAUUUUCAAGUUGCAACAGAAGAUGCAGGCUGUACAAGCAAAGUCAUAGGCACCUGUUCACUGAUUACUUGCCCUUCUCCACUUCGUGUGGAAUUAUAGUGUCUGGUAGAAAAAGGAAAAAAAGAGAAAAAUGUUUGGUUAUCUGGAAUUUCCAGGUUUUCAUGGUCCUGGUGAAGAAUGUUAUGUGGAACUCUUUUGAUGUUAAAAGUCUGGCACUGGAUACAAGGUGGUCAGUGAUUUAGGAUUG